AUGCCACCGACGCGCGCAGGAACCAAGCGCGUGGCCAAGGAGCCCGCCAAGAAGCGCACAGAGGGGAAGGAGCCGGCUCCAAAGCGUAGCAAGGCCCAGAAUGUGGCGCCUACGCUGAUUAGCGACCGAGUUGAUGCCGCACAGGUGCUCAAAGCCUGCAAGGCCCUAGCUGCCUAUACCGAGCGUCGGCGGCAGGGCGGCGGCGAAAAUGAGCUGCCGAUCGGCCCGAGUGUGUCCAAGGACACGGAUCACACGGUAUUCCUGCAAAUCACGGUAAAGCAGCUGGAUACGAAGCGCAAGGUGAAGCCAGCGCGCAUUCCGCUGGCGCACCCGCUGCUGGAUGCUGAUGCGAGUGUGUGUCUACUCACCAAGGACCCACAGCGCGAGUACAAGGACCUACUGAUGGAGAAAAGCAUUACGACGGUCAACCGCGUGGUCGGUGUGGAGAAGCUCAAAGGCAAGUUCCGUCCGUUUGAUGCGAGGCGUCAGCUUGUGCGAGACCAUGACCUGUUUCUCGCUGACGAACGCAUUGUAGCCAUGCUGCCGAAGCUGUGUGGCAGUGUAUUUUACAAGGACCGCAAGUUCCCCGUGCCUAUCGAUCUAACCAACAAGAAGCACUUGGCCGAGACGAUUGACCGGGCGAUCGCGUCCACGUACUAUUUGCAAAACAAGGGCUCGUGCAGCACCGUCAAGGUGGGAUUUCUGCAUCGGCAUACACCAGCUGAGCUCGUGGAGAAUGUGGCAUUGGCUUUGCCGUCGAUUGUAUCGCGUAUUCCAGGCAAAUGGGCGAAUGUGCAGAACGUGGAGCUCAAGACGGGCAAGAGUGCGGCUCUUCCCAUUUGGAACUGCCGCCUGAGCGAGGGCGAAGGCGACGGCGUCCGCUGGACUCUCUCGGCAGACGACCGCGCCGACGACGACGACCAGGAGGAAGAGGACAAUGACGAGGAAGAGGACAACGGCGACAAAGAGGAGGCAGAGACGGCGCCGAAGCCCAAGUCGGGCAAGCGCAGGGCCAAGUAG